AUGGAGCAUUCGGUGAGCAUUAUAGACUUGCUUAGCAGAUUUAUUGGCGAUGGCAAAGAUGGAGAGGAGUUGGACGGUAACGUAGCCUCGUUUCUGUACUAUCUGUUUCCUCGGGAACUGUUCGUGCGGGCACUAUCACUUUUAGAAUCGAACGAUAUGUUCAUAUACUGUUAUGAUAGUGCAGAGGCGACUUCGGAGACUCUUUUGAGUAAAUUCAUCAACACGGAUUUCCUAGACCUCGAUAUUAUGUAUCGUUUGAUUGUCAAAUCUGGAGAAAACGAUUCCGAUGUGCCAAUAAGUGUGGAUUUAGCACAAUGGUUCUGCUCUUGCGAUGACUUCUCCAAACUGUUCACCGACGUAGGCAACGAAAACCCCGAGGGGAGUAUACAGGACGUUUUACUCAAGGAGAUAGAUGACUUUGACCAGUUCUCGGAUGACAAGUUUGCUCAGUUUGACUCGCACAGUUUAAAUACGCAACGUUAUUUACAAUUCGAGAAAGUGAUGUGUCCGCAUUUAUUGGCGUUUGCCAUUCUACUUCUCGCAGAUGGCAAGAACCUACGACAUUUCGCUGCUUUGAAGAGAAGCGUCGUGCUCAUACCGGUGGGUAGCAUCGACGAAUGGUUAAAAUUGCAUAUAAACAUUGUAUAA